CCGGUGUUAUUUUCUGUAGCUUCACAGUGGCAGUCUGGGCUCAGCGGCUCACAGUUCCUGAUCGCUGGUGCCAACGCCCGGCGAAACAGAAAGCUAACGUAAGCUAGCACAUAUACGGAGAGAGACAUCGGUAGCAGCUAAAAGCAGAAUCAGAAAGCACAGAGAUGCAGACCAUCAAAUGUGUGGUGGUGGGAGAUGGAGCAGUGGGAAAAACCUGCCUACUGAUUUCAUACACCACCAACAAAUUCCCCUCUGAAUACGUACCCACAGUUUUCGACAACUAUGCAGUAACUGUAAUGAUUGGGGGUGAACCAUACACCCUUGGCUUAUUUGAUACAGCAGGUCAGGAGGACUACGACCGGUUACGACCACUAAGCUACCCCCAGACAGAUGUCUUCUUAGUCUGUUUCUCCAGUGUUUCCCCUUCCUCAUUUGAGAAUGUUAAAGAAAAGUGGGUCCCCGAAAUAACUCACCACUGUCCCAAGACCCCGUUCCUGUUGGUAGGCACUCAGAUCGAUCUGCGUGAUGACCCCUCCACAGUGGAGAAGCUAGCCAAGAACAAACAGAAGCCAAUCACCCCCGAGACAGCAGAAAAGCUGGCUCGUGACCUUAAGGCAGUGAAGUACGUGGAGUGCUCAGCCCUAACACAGAAAGGAUUAAAGAAUGUGUUUGAUGAGGCAAUACUGGCUGCCCUGGAGCCCCCUGAACCUAAGAAAAGACGUAAAUGUGUUCUGCUCUAAGUGUCCUCGCAGCCUUCUCCACACCAGUUUCCAAAUCUAGGUUAACAGUACUGAAGAGGUUUGUUGCACAUUCCAACACGAGUGAAGAUAUUCUGAGAUAUUUGCUUUCUGACUGACUUAACCUAAAUACAUAUACAAUGUGUUGAUAAUGGUUUUAAGAUUGAGUAACACGUGAUGAUUAGAUGCCAUCGGAGUGGUCUUACAUGUUGUGAAUACGUAUAUACAAACUAGGGGACAUCAUCAAAUAACGUUUUGACCGCAUUAUGUAAAGAGAUCAUUUUGCAAAAGGUAUUUUAAUAGAGUUUUUUAUGAACUGCCUGACAAACAAGCUGAUGAGGGUGUGUUAGUGAGCCGCUCAAAUUAUAUCCUCGUAUAAUCUACUUCUGUUUUGUUCUCCAAGUAAUUCCUUAAACUCUAUCAUGUACAUAUGUUCAGCACUUGCACACAAGACUGCAUGUUGUUGAACUGCUUUGACAUGAACUUAUUAUUUUUUCAAACAUUUCUUUGAGAAUUAUGCAUUUCUCAAAGGGUUGAAAUGUUGCAGUAUUUUUACUUUUUUAUUUAUUUUACAACAUAAUUUCAGCUCAAUGUCAACAUAGCCUCCAGGCGUAUCCAAUCAAUAUUUGACAAUAUGACAUUUCUAGGCUAUGCUCCCGUCAUAGCUCUAGUUUGCCAAAACAUAACCUGAUAAAUGUACACUUGUCUUGGUGGAGUUCUGCAAAUGCUGACAAUGUUUGGAGUUUUCAUUCUAAGUUUGAUGCAACAUGUAAGAAGUUGGAGCACAAUAAAUCCAGUCAUUAUUUUUGUGUGGCAGACGUGAGUUAACCAGGUGAUGUGUGUCUUGAACGUUUAUCUGAAGUUACAUUGGCUGCACUUUGUCGGAGCAUCCAGCCUAUAACCCCAAACUGAUGAACCAUUUUGUAAACUGAUCAUACUUGCUGCUGAAGUCAGAUAGUAACACAUUGUGAACGCUCUUACUAAAUGCUAUAGUUUGAAACCCUGUGAAGAUUUUCGAGUGACUGAACUAGCUCUAUUUGUCUUUUACUAUAACCAUGCCUUUAUGAUGGGCUUGAAUUUGAUUUGUAAAUAUAGUGAGAGUAACUCAUAACUUAUUGACUGAAUACAUGUGUGCAUUACUGAUGCAGAUACACUGAGAUCACGCUGAAUUCAAACAACCAGGGAAAUGUUGAGAGAACAAGUGGCUUUGACCCUAUGGUUUUUAAUCAAGUUGACAUCAAAGUUGUACUGUAUCCAUCACAAUAAACCAGUAUUAUGAAUAAACCUAACUUCAAAUAUUA